GUACUCUAGCCCAUUUGGCUAGCUUUCUAACUUUGUCACAACGCUUUUGCUGUUAUACGCUCGGGCUAGGGUGACCAUGCCUUGUAAGAUUGCAUCCUAAGUGACUCUUACUUAUGACACUUCCAUCCUUCGAAUAUUUCCUGCAAAGGCCUUCAUAGCCAUGCAAGCAUAAAUUGAAUUACCAACAUCUACUGAAUAUUAUUCCAAGCUAUCUUGAUGUCAGUGGCCGCUUUCACGGGGUGGUCACUGUCGUGGCCGACUCGCCUAGCGCCACAAGCGCAAACCUCGGUGUCACUUCUUCAUGUCCUUAAUGCUGAGGCCUUAGCCACAUGCGAGUCCCUUUGUGGCGCACGGGACUCGGCCGCGUGACCAGCCGGAACCCCAGCCAGGCAUCCCUGACACCAUGGCGCUCGCACAGCUUGCCGCCACACCGUCUAUGUUGGCUAAUGAGUCCACCGCGGAGGCCUUAAGCCCUCAGCACACACUAGCAGUUGAAGUCUCAGGCAGCGGUGCACGCAGCCGGUCAAGCUCCCCGCAAACGGUUGCCCGCAUUGAGCCUGUCAUCCUGAAAACGAACAGCGUGGACCCCGUCAUCAACUACUUUGACUAUGGCGCCACUAAGGAGACCCUCAUUCGCGUUCCGGAGCUGCACCGCCACGUCCUCAGUACGGCGUACGACACAGAGGGCGUACGGCAGGUCUCCCACGUCAGCGCCGUAUCGCACCCCCUGCAGGGUCCCGUCGACUAUGCAGUCGCGGCCAUGCCUACAGCAGGCGGCAACACCGCGCCCGGGCGUUCCCCUUACCUAGAGCCGCUGCCGACCCGGAAACGCAGUUCGCGAGCUGCAUCCCCAGCUGAAAUUCCCGGAAUGCCGAUGCCGCUACGGCCGCUGGCGUCGUUAGCUGGCAGCGGUGGCGUCGGCAGUGCUGCCGCCGCCGUACGGCGGGCUCGCCGGCACGUGGAAGUGCUUUCACCCCAGGUAACGCCGCCGAUGCCUGGGCCGUCGUACGGCAGUAGUGUGAGCUCGCCGUACGAGCGCAGUAGCACCGCUGGCGCCGGCGCCGCCGCCAGCAGCGGCGGCAGCAGCGACAGCCGUGCUGUCAGUGGCAUAGCAUCGCUUUACGCGCCCCUGCCGGGCCAGCAACAGCAGCAGCCAGCGCUGCUGCAGCCGCUUCAGGAGGCGGAAGCAGCAGCGGCGGAGGCGGCAGUUACGAGCAAUGACGAUGGCGAGGAGGACGGGGAGUACGGUAGCGGCGGAGGCGGCAGCAGCAGCGGCGGCGACAGCCUCCGUCACUACUACCUCAGCCGCUAUGCGCCGCCGCUGCACCUGCCGCCGCCUGAGCCCCAAGCCGGGGAACAGCACCCGCUAGAUACCACCGGUCAGGCAGCGGAGGGCGUCAAUGGCGCCGGCGCCGAUGUAGCAGCAACAGCAGCAACAACAACAGCUGCUGCUCCUUCCGACGGUGUGGCCCUAGCGGACUACCUGCGCCAGCUGCAUCAGCACCCUGCUCAGCAAUACCAACACCAGCAGCAGCAGCAUGACGCCAGCCAGCAGCAGCACCAUCACCGGAGCAGCAACAGCCUGCGCCGGCCGCCCGGACAAGCCGCCAGCUUCUCCCACCCUGACACGCCAGCCGUUGGCGUCAGCAACAGCGUCAGCGGCGGCAGUAACAGCGGUCCGCUGCCCUCCCUGGAUGCCUCCCUGCCGCCUCCGCCACCUCCCCCGCCGCAGGCCGCCUCCACCAUCCACUCUGCCGCCACCACCGCCACCUCCCUCCUCAGCUCGCCCCUCUCCACCGCGAGGCUGCACGCCCAGGAGCGCGAACACACCCUGUCGGACCGCUCCGCAAGCUGGCGACGUAGCCUGGCGGCGGAUGCGGGCGCGUCCGGCCUCCGCCGUUCCUCCUCCAGUGUACGAACGCGACUGCGGGGGCAGCUCUCGGCGGCGGCGGCGGCCGCAACCGGGGUGUCUAGCAGCCUGCCGACCUGGUCGCACAGCAACCACCACCACCACAGCGUGCACACGGUUGGCGUGGCGGGUAUGGAGGUACGAGCGGACUCCACAGCGCAUGCUGGGUUGGGGGGAGCGGCGGGAGGAGGAGCAGCCGGGGAGGGUGCGGAUGGGUUUUCGAGCAGCGGGGAUGGGCCGGUUAGCGGCGCGGGAGGCACCGCUGGCAGCAGCAUGGUGAACACCAACCUGAAUAACAACGGUGACGCUGGCAACAACGGCAAUUAUAACAACGGAAAGGAAGGGGGUGAGGGUACGACACGGGUACGGCUGCGAUCACGGCAGCAGCGUGUCGUAGAAGUGGAUCCGGAACUGGUACGGCAGUACACGGAGCUGCCGCCCAAGCUGUGCACACCCAACAAUGCGAGUCGACCUGUGACAAGCUCGGACUUUGCGGCGUUCAAGAACCACACUGUGAACCGUUCCGGCACUCCCAACACGCUCCGAACACCACUCGGCAGCAGCGCCGCUGCCGGCGGCGGCGGCGCCCCAGGCGGCGGGCCCGGUGCCGGCGCCGCCGAGGCCCGCGGCGUCACCCCCCUAACCGCCCUGUUGGGCCCCCCCUGGAUGCCGCCUGCCGUACGGCCCCGCUCGCCGCACCUGGGCAUCGGCGGCGUCACUGGGAGCGCUACCACCGUACCCGGGCUGUACAUCCCGAUGGAACUGGAUCCGCCUCCCAGACCGCCGUCGCGUAACGCCUCGCCGCCGCCGCAACAGCGCAACCCCACUGACCUCAGUGACGGCAUUGACCGUGCCGGCACGCCGAUGACGUCAUCAACGUCGGCGGCGGCGCCGCCGCCGCCGACGGCGUCAGUGGUGACGCAUGUGGCUCGCGCGCCGCCGGGUCACGUGCGGUGCGGUGCGGGGGAGCUUGUUCUGGACGUUAACGCCUGGUUGACGCCGGCUUCGUCGCCGGCUGGGGAGGUGUGCGGACUGUUUGGAGGCGACGACGGAGGAGAGAGUGUGGCGCUGUUGAGCCGCGUGGUCAAGGGAGUGGUGCAGUGCGAUCUGGGAUGGGCCGAGAUCUCGGAGGCGCUCAUGUUCAUGAGUACGGUGGUGGUGCAGAACGCGGUGCUGCGCUUCCCGGUGCCGCACAGGGCCAUUCUGCAGCGGUUCGCCGCUACCAUCGGCGGUACGACAAUGCUCGCGGAGGCGGUGGGCCGCGGCGGCAGCGGCGGAAUCGAGCUGGAGGAAGACGACGAGGACGACGAUCCGGGACCCGGCAAGAUCUUUUCCAAAGCCUUUGGCCGCCGGAAUCACCCGCCCGGGCCCGGCGGUCGUGCACCCGUGUUGCGUGUACCGCUCGGAAAAGUCCGCGGCGACAUUUUCGUGACGAUAUCGUACAUCGUACAGUUGGAAAGCGCGGGAAACACGUUGUCGUUGACUCACGUGUGCAAUUGGACGCCUGCGAGGACCGGGUGGCACCUGGCAAUGUCUCGGGAGCAGUUGGCGACGGGGGACGGCGGUUGGUACGGCGGUGGCAAUCCUGGACGACGAGCGCGGCAUAAACCGUCCGAUCUCUACGACUUGAGCUUUGAGUUGGAGGUGCUCAGCCACCGCGGCCUGAACCUGGUAUCCGGACCUCGCCACAUGACCAUCAAGCCCAACUAUGACGCACUGCUCAUCCAGGGGUACACCCAGGUAUGGCGUCCCCGCCACAUCACCACCGUCACAUUCGAGGUGGCGCUCCCCGUGCCCAUCCGCUCCUUCGCCAUCCUACACGACGCAAGCAAGUCCGGACCUGAAGCCGACUCCGACACCGCCCCGCGCCGUGCGGCCCCCUCCGCCGAGCCCUCCUCUGAAACCGCCCCCGCACCGCCUCCUCCCGCCUCCUCCGCCUUCGGCUCCCGCGCCCUAAAACUCGUCGUACCCCCAUCCAUCCAACUUGUCAACUCCUCCACGACACUCGGUGUCGGUGGAGCCGACGCCGGCGGUGUCGGCUCGAGCUAUGCCAUGCGCCGCGCCGGCGGUGGCGGCGCCGCCGCCGCCGCCAUGGAGCCCAAGAAGACCUCCCGCCGUCACUGCGCCGCCGUCACCUUCGUUCCCAGCAGCCAUUUCAGUCCCGCGGAGUUGGAGGAGGUGCUCGGAGAUGAGGUGGCGCCCGGACCGCGGGCGCAUGCAGCAGCGAUACGUGCGGGGCUGUCGGGCGCGCCGACGCCGGCGCCGGUUGAGUUGCUGAUUGUGGUGGACGCGUGCGGUCCCUCCGGCAUGGCCGCGCACCUGAUGCAGCUGCUACAGACGCUGUUGCUGAUCCUGCGGAGCUUGCCGGUAGCGCCGGACUUGGCGGGGAGUGGCGGG